CUUGAGAGACGUCGAGAUGCAUGACGUGGAGUUCCAAGAUCAAGUCUCAUCGCUGAGAUCGAUAGACAACAUAGCAUACUCAGCAUCCAAAUCUUCGUCAGGCUGGAGCAGCGAUGAGCAGUUACUUGCACGUUUUGGCAAAGAACAGCAGUUCAAGCGUAAUUUCAAUCUCUUAACUGUCAUAGCAUUGUGCAGCACUGUCAUGAAUGCCUGGGCCGGUAUGCUGAGUGGCCUCCAAUUAGUUCUCUUCAAUGGUGGCCCGACAGGAUUUCUCAUAUCUUUCCCCAUUGUGUUUCUGGGAGUUCUAAUGCAGGCCUUAGUAGUCGCUGAGCUGGCGUCAAUGAUUCCGCUUUCGGGCGGGCAGUAUAACUGGGUUGCGAUACUAGCUCCUCGCAGGCUUUCAAACUUCCUGUCCUACUUCGUGGGCUGGAUCGUUACCAUCGCAUGGCAAGCUGGUGCUGCCGGAGUGGCCUUCCUGACGUCUAACGUCAUCCUCGGUCUGGCCAGUGCAGUUCAUCCCGAUUAUGAAAUGAAGAAAUGGCACGUAACGCUGGCCUUCUUCGCAGUUAUCACGCUGGCCGUGUUGGUGACUACAGUGCUCGGGCGUCUCUUGCCCACUAUCGAAUCUGUUGCCUUUGUCAUCUUUGUCAUGGGCUUUUUCGUCUUGAUCAUUGUGCUGAAGUACUUGGCACCUAAGACAGACAGUUCUCAGGUGUUUCAAAACUUCUUCAAUGGUGGUGGUUGGAACAAUAAUGUUGAGGCCACCUUUGUUGGCGCUAUACCCAUCAUGUUUGGUUUCAACGGCUUCGACGCUGGAGUGCAUCUCGGUAAGCUCUAAGAUUCGACGCAUUGCUAGUAAAAGGCUCAUGAAUUGUCGCAGCCGAAGAAGUCAAGGACGCUUCUCGAGUUGUUCCAAAGGCUACAAUCAUCUCUGUUGGCUUAUAUUUCGUGAUGGGGUAUUCUAUGGCAAUCAUGAUACUGUACUGCUUUU